AGUGUAAGCACAUAAAAAGUAAGUAAAAUCAUUUUCUUCUCUAUUCUACACCUCUAUAUUAUCAUCUUUUAAUUUAAUAUGCGAUGUGUAGAACUAAAACGCCAGCUGAAAUAUGUUAAAAUUAUAUCUAUAAACGAAACGCAAAUAAAUAAUCAAUGUAAUCUUAUUUACACAACAACGCACGUUCCACUUUUCUGGAAAGUGCAAGAACAGUCGUUUUAUAUAAGCAUUAUAUUUACAUAUAUACAUAUGUGUAUAUGGUAUAUCUAUUCGCGGUCGCUUCAUAGAUUCUUUGCUUAAGUACAAAGAUAACCCGUGUGCGCUAAUGCAAUAUCAAGCAUAUACGAGUCAGCUGUUUCCAGUUUAUAGAUAAAAUGUAAUUGUAUAUAACAAAAUAAAAAAACAUAGCUUCCAGUAUAUAAAAGUUCCAAUGCCAACUUUGGGAUAUUUUUCCCGACCCAAAAACAAAUUACACACAGUGUUGUGAAGCGUAAGUAGCAAAUUAUAACAAAAAAUUAAUGCGCAAAUAUAUGUGUGUGCCCCAUUUAAAAUUUUACCCAGUUAAUAUUUGCAAUUAAAACCCAAAUUUAUAAUCAAAUGCUAACACUCGAGCAGCUCUAAAAUAUUCUAAAUAUAGAUAUUUUGUAGAUUAAUGAUAUAAAAUAAGAACCUAUACAAUAAAAAUACAAACGCGCUACCAACACUGUAUAUAAAAUGUACCAACCUGUGAAAGAGACAAAAAAUUUGAGAAAAUAAAUUUUUCACAAAUACGCAAUAAUCAAAAGCGUAAAAAAAGCAACAUUUUCCGCAAAUUUCAACUGCACUUCAUAUACCACGAAUUAUUUGAACAAUGAAAAAACCAAUAUUAUAUGUAUUAAAGUCGGAAAUGCUGAAAUGGCGUACAAAUCAAGCAUAGCAUAAAAUUCAAACAAAAAGUACGCAAAAGAGAUGGCCAAUGUGUCUUUUAUUGUAUAUAACGGCCAUUGCGUAGCACUUCCAGGGAUAUAAGGGAAAUUUAUACAUUUUCCAUUAUAUAUGAGCAUUGGUAUAAAUAGCUAGCACUAGCCUGCUUCUGCUCAAACGGUAUUUAACAAUUGUGAGCGAAACACUUUAAGGUUUACCAGCGCCUGUUAUUUGUAAUAAUUUUCUGUGAAAAUAAGUGAGCUUUGAAAUAUAUAAGGAAAAAAAAAUUUUUUUUAAAGAAAAUAAGCAAACUGUAUUGAGAAUUACUGCAGAGAAGAACCAAUAUUUUUAUUGAAAAACUAAUUUCUGUGUGAAAAAGGAGGUUAAGCACUCUUUCCAAAAUGCAAAUCUUCGUGAAGACCUUGACUGGCAAGACCAUCACUCUGGAGGUUGAACCAUCCGAUACUAUUGAAAAUGUUAAAGCUAAGAUUCAAGACAAAGAAGGAAUCCCCCCAGAUCAACAACGUUUAAUCUUUGCCGGUAAGCAACUGGAAGACGGACGCACCUUGUCCGAUUACAACAUCCAGAAGGAGUCUACACUUCAUUUGGUUCUUCGUCUACGUGGUGGCAUGCAGAUUUUCGUCAAAACUUUGACGGGAAAAACCAUCACUUUGGAGGUUGAGCCUUCCGAUACUAUUGAGAAUGUCAAAGCUAAAAUUCAAGAUAAGGAAGGAAUCCCCCCAGAUCAACAACGUUUGAUUUUCGCUGGCAAACAGUUGGAGGAUGGACGCACACUGUCCGAUUAUAAUAUUCAGAAGGAAUCCACUUUACAUUUAGUUCUACGCUUGCGUGGUGGUAUGCAAAUCUUCGUUAAAACAUUGACGGGUAAAACAAUUACUCUGGAGGUUGAACCUUCCGAUACAAUUGAAAACGUUAAAGCCAAAAUUCAGGACAAGGAGGGUAUUCCUCCAGAUCAACAACGUCUGAUCUUCGCCGGUAAGCAAUUGGAGGACGGACGUACCUUGUCCGACUACAACAUCCAGAAGGAAUCAACCCUCCACUUAGUCCUUCGCUUGCGUGGUGGUAUGCAAAUCUUCGUGAAGACCCUGACUGGCAAAACUAUUACUUUGGAAGUAGAGCCUUCAGAUACCAUUGAGAACGUUAAGGCUAAGAUCCAAGAUAAGGAGGGAAUCCCACCAGAUCAACAACGUUUGAUCUUCGCCGGUAAGCAAUUGGAGGACGGACGCACCCUGUCAGACUACAACAUUCAGAAGGAAUCAACCCUCCACUUAGUCCUUCGCUUGCGUGGUGGUAUGCAAAUUUUCGUGAAGACCCUCACCGGCAAAACCAUCACCUUGGAAGUUGAACCAUCCGACACCAUAGAAAAUGUCAAAGCCAAGAUCCAGGAUAAGGAAGGCAUUCCCCCAGAUCAACAACGUUUGAUCUUCGCCGGUAAGCAAUUGGAGGACGGACGCACCCUGUCAGACUACAACAUUCAGAAGGAAUCAACAUUACUUUGGAAGUUGAGCCAUCGGACACAAUUGAGAAUGUAAAGGCUAAGAUUCAAGAUAAGGAGGGCAUUCCACCAGAUCAACAACGUCUGAUCUUCGCCGGUAAGCAACUCGAGGAUGGACGAACUUUGUCCGACUACAAUAUACAGAAGGAAUCGACACUCCAUUUGGUGCUACGUCUUCGCGGAGGCGCAUUCUAAAUUUAAAUAGAAAACCACCAAAUUCAAAAUUCAAGAGUAUUCAUUGUAUCUCGUUAAUUUAGCUCUAUUUUGUAAUUUAACGCUUUUAACAUCAGUUCUGAUUAAAAAUUGAAAUAUACCGUUUUUU